ACACACCCACACAUAAACACACAUCUCGUGCAUUGCAUUUACCCCUUUCUAUAUUCCGCUCGUGUUCUCGGCUUCACAGUAAAUGUACACUAGGAAAAAAAAGAAAGAAAGAAAAAAGGGGCUGGGUGACCGAGACGGAGAGCGGCGACACAAUGAGCAGGAGGAGGAGGAGGAGGAGGAGGGAGGGGGAGAGAUGCUCGGGGUGAGUGGAAGCGCUCAUUAAUAAGAAUUUAAAGGAUGUGAGGAGAGGAAGACGCAAAAGACGGAGAUGGAUGGGAGAGGACGAGAGAGUCAGGAGGAGGUGAGAGAGUUGGACAGUUGAGGAGCAACAUCACCGCUCAACUGCACGGAUCGAUCCACGACAGCCAAGUGGAAGAAGAAAAGAAGAAGAUUGCUGUGUUCUGCUUCUCUGCAGCCAAGUGUGUGUGUGUGUCCGUGUGUGUGUGUGUGUGUGUGUGUGAGUGAGCACUCCAGCUGAGCGACACACACACACAUCACACGCAAGAUGAAUACGUUCAGUUUGCAGAGAGUCGGCACCGCCAGAGAACCCUCCGCUACUUUCAGCAGCUGCCAGUUGUUGAGUUGAGAUUUAUUGGCUGUUUCGUGCAGCAUUUUAAGCAGGUGAAGCACUUAGAAGAGUGUGUGUGUGUGUGUGUGUGUGUGUAUGUGUGUGUGCUACUGUACAUCUGUGCUUUAUGGUAUAGAAAGAAGAGAAGCCAGCAAAGACUGCAGCCUGAGGGACAUUUGGAGUUUGCAAGCAUGUGUUGAAAUCUGGAGAAAGAACAUCAAAAGAUAAAAAAAAGAGAGGAUUUGAAGAUUAUUAUUUUUUUGGACGACACCACCCAGAAAGGAGCUCGGAGCUCGGAGGGGAAUGCCCAGGAGCCGGGAGUCAUGAUGUGGAUUAGGGGAUGAGUCCUGAGGAGGGGGAGCCGGGGAGGCAUGAGGUUGUGGAGGGUGAGAGGGCGACAUCGGGCUGCCCCGCGGCACCACCGGCUGCCUCCCUGUGAGCAUGCAGGUCCUACAGAUCGUCAAGGAGCUGGUGUCUCCGUCCAGACGCAGGGCAGCCGCCAGGUUUGGAGCGUCUGAUACCGAGCAGGAUGCGGCGUUGAAACUGGACCAGGAGCGCGCUGAGAUAGUCGCCAAAUAUGACAAGGGUAAAGAGGCCACUGUGGAGCCCUGGGAGGACACCAACUUCCACCUGUACAAAGUCAUCGACCGCUUCGGCUUCGUCCAUCAGAAUGAACUUCCAUCCUACGACUCAGUGGAGGAAAAGCAAAAACACGUGGAGGUGGAGAGGACCACCAAGUGGCUGAAGAUGCUGAAGAGCUGGGACAAAUACAAGAACAGUGAGAAGCUGGUCCGGAGGGUCUACAAGGGGAUUCCCCUGCAGCUCCGAGGGGAGGUGUGGUGUCUGCUGCUCGAUAUUCCCAAAAUAAAGGAGGAGAAGAAAGACUUCUACGAGAAACUGAAGGCCCGAGCCCGAGGAAUCUCCCCCGACAUCCGUCAGAUUGACCUGGACGUGAACCGAACCUACAGGGACCACAUCAUGUUCAUGCACCGCUACGAUGUCAAGCAGCAGGCUCUGUUCCACGUCCUCACGGCCUACUCCAUGUACAACACGGAGGUGGGCUACUGCCAGGGCAUGAGCCAGAUCACAGCUCUGCUGCUCAUCUACAUGAAUGAAGAAGACGCCUUCUGGGCUCUGGUCAGGCUGCUGUCUGGACACAAGCACGCCAUGCACGGGUUUUUUAUCCCCGGCUUCCCAAAGCUGAUCCGUUUCCAGGAGCAUCACGACCGCAUCCUCAAGAAGAUGAUGCCCAAACUGAAACAACACCUGGACAACCAGGAGGUGUUCACCAGCCUCUACACCAUGAAGUGGUUCUUUCAGUGCUUCCUGGACAGAACUCCCUUCACCCUCACCCUCAGGAUCUGGGACAUCUACAUCUUAGAGGGAGAGCGAGUGCUGCCCACCAUGUCCUACACCAUCCUCAAACUGCACAAGAAGCACCUGAUGAAGCUGUCCAUGGAGGAGCUGGUGGAGUUUCUGCAGGUGGCUUUGUCCAAAAAUUUCUACUUCGAGGACGACUUUGUGGUGGAGCAGCUGCAGGCGUCCAUGACGGAGCUCAGGAGGGCGAAGCUGGAGCUGCCUGCUCCAGGUAAAGAAGAUGAGUAUCCUAAGAAGCCUCUAGGGCAGCUUCCUCCCGAGGUGGCAGCAGCAGUGGUGAACCACGUGGCCAACGGUCAAAGCCACGUGGAGCCAGCCGAGCCUCCGAGGGACCCGAGUCCCGUACCAGACCGCCAGCGACCGGACAGUCGACCCCCCAGCCGCGCACGCCGGGACUCUUUGGAGAAAUCGCUCCGCCGCCACAAGGCUGAAAAGAGGGACGCCCGCUCCAGGGGAUCAGGGGAGAUCCCCAACGAGAGGCAGAAGCACUCCACCUCCACCACACCUGAAAGAGGGACAACACCAACCCCGACCCCGACACCCCCACAGCUCAUCACAGGAGACAGAGGGAAGCACCAGAGCCACGCCACCGCCAACCAUAACUCCAACGCCGCCUCCAGCUCUCACAAAGAAAUCACUCCUCGCUGGUUCAAACCGUCCGAGACGAAGCUGGAAGCGGUCAAAGCUGCAGCCGCUCGGGAAGUCCACCGGAGCCGAGGGGCGUCGCCGGCCCCGUCCAGUCCAGAAGACGGCGCCCAGACGCACCGCCGGCCGAGAUCCAAGGGCUUCCUCCCCGGCGCAGACAGAGGCUCGAACGCCUCCCAGUACGACAAUGUACCAGGGCUGCCGGAGCAGGAUUUCGAGAUCCUGGAGCUUGAUAGACCUCCGUCCAGAAUGAGGACCCCUCGCAGUGAGACACCCUUCAGUGUUUCGUCCCUUCACCAGGGCAGCCCCAGCCGAGGGACCAGCCUGGCCGGGAGCGCCGCCUCCGUCGCAUCAGGGCCCCGGAUGGCCAAACACCCUCCUGCAUUUACCCACAAUAGUCCAGGAGGCGUCCAGGCCGGCCACCCUGGCAGCCAAAGCCAGUACCUCACCCCUCCACAGCAGCACUCGCCGGGCAGAACAACCACCGAGGUCCCCAUCUUCCAUCCGGCGUACAGCGUUGGCCUCGACCCCAGAGGGGAGGACAGACUCUAUGCCCCGCCCACUCGGUUCACCCCGCCCUCCAGUGUGGUGUACGGGGAUCGAGCGUACGCCACCACCCAGCGCCCGGCCACCAGCCUCUCCCCAGAGAAGGCUCUCAUGAACAACUCCUACACCACCUACCGCAGGGGGCCGCCACCCAACGCCGCCCACAACCCCCGAACCGCUAGGCCGCCACCGGAGCACCUGCCCCUGCAGCUGGAAACCCGAGGGAGCUCCACCCCCAUCUACCUGCAACAGCUCACCUCCACCGCACAGGUCUACUCCGCUCCGGUGGACUACAGGUUUGAGGGGCAUCGGCGAGUUGAGCAGAUCCCGCAGAACCCGCACUACCUGCCAGAAGGCGGGCCCCGGCGGCUGGUGGAGGGGCCCCCGAGGCCGCAAGAGGACCAGCUGCCUCCUCAGUCCCCGGGCGGGAUGCCCCGCUCGCCCAGCUUCCAGCGAGCCCAAAUGUCUCCCGUUCAGGAGUUCACUUUCCCCCCGAACCCGGACAGCCUGGUUCACUACAGGACACAGUUCCAGGAGCAGCAGCCGGUCAUAAGGCAACAGCUCCCCCAGCUGUUUGGAGGACCACACUACAGGCACGCACAGGAGGCGUUCGCCCUGCAGGAGUCUAUGCUGCUGUGAUUGGACGAUUGGACAAAAGGCAAGACACUGUAAAAAAUAAAAAACUGAGGUGUAGUCACUGACACUGUGGUAAAGAGGAGCAGUAGUCCUAGCUUUGUUAGGAGCCUGGUUUUGUUUCUGCUCUGUUGUUCUUUAUGUGUGACCUUCCGACUGUCACGCUGCAUCGUAACGUUGCAGGACAUCACCAGCCUCUGACGUUUUUACUGAUCACUUUAAAAAGAGAAAGAAAAAAAAGCUGACUGAAGAUUUUAUUUUAUUUUUGGAUGUAAAUCAUUAACCAGAGGUGACAGUAUAUAUCUUUUAGAGUCUGAUAUGUACAGUGGAUUUGUUUUUUUUGUUAAUAUGCUGAGUUGUUAUCAGUAGCAGGGGAACGUUCUCCUGAAAACUCUUGAUUCAUCUUUAUUUUUUUAUAUGUUACUUCCCAGAUAUUUACACUAGAGAUCAAUUUACUCUAUAUGCUUGUGAAUGUUAUUUUUCAGAGAGAAGAAAUAAUACUAUGUCCAAUGGUAGAAUUAGAGAGCAGUGAUAAACGGGGUCACUAAGAAUCCCUGUAUCAUUCGUUCUUUCCAUUUUCAAUUGGCAAUCAAAAAUCAAAUAAUGACAAAUUGACUGGUUAUUUUGUUAUUUGUUUUCUAUUAUAAAACAAAAAAAAGCUUGUUUUUCCAUAUUUCAAUCUUAGGCUCAGAUCAAAAAUACGAAAUGGGAUAACGGGCACCAGGAAUUAAUUUGAUUUGAAUAUUCAAUUGCUGACCCCGUAUUGUGAUAUUUACGGUAAAUAAAUUGAGACUGCCCAAACUGACAUGAAGGAUAAACACUUUACUGUCAUUCUUUCUCACUUUUUUCAGUAUAAAACUCUUACCAGCAGAGAGGAGAUGAAGUAUUAACUUUACAUGAACACACCACGUGAAAUAAUCAAAUUUCGGCACGCCGAAAAUGUAUUUGUUGUGUCGGCGUGCGGUUUUCAGUUUUCAGAAUAAAGUGUUACACAACCAGGCCAAAAACCAGAUAAAUAUGGAAAGACGAUUAAUUGCAUGACCAAUUAAAUAUUCAAAUCAAAUUCAGUCCUGGUGCCCGUUUUUCCAUUUCUUAUUUUUGAUCCGAGCCUAAGAUUGAAAUAUGAAAUGACAAGCAUUUUUCUUAUUUUUCGUUUGAUAAUAGACAACAAAUAACAAAAUAACCAGUCAAUUUUUCACUAUUUGAUUUUGAUUGCCAAUUGAAAAUGGAAAGAACGAACGAUACACAGAUGACUAAGUUUUGAUUUCCAUUUCAAUUUUGCAGCGCCGCCACUGUAGAAAGAGCCGGGUUUGUUACUUAUUUUCUAGUCGUUCCCUUUCAGUAUCAGUGAUGGUAUUCCUUCAUGAUUAACUGACGUGCAAUUAAUUUC